AUGCACACCGAGAUUGAAAUCGAGGCUCCCCCGUCGGUGGCUCGCGAGGCUUUCCUGAACCUCGCGGCGAUACCGACCUACCACACCGACUUCCUCAAGCAGGUCGUGCCGCAGAACCAGGAAAAGAAGGACAUCGAGCCGGGUGACAGACUCACCGUCAUUGCCGGUAACAUGACAUUUACUCCUGUGGUGGAAGUCAACUCAUCGACGGAGUUCACCUGGCGCGGUACCCUCGGCAGUACCUGGCUAUUCACCGGCGCACACAGCUUCAAGUUUCUCCCUGCGGGCGAAGGGAAGACACGGUUUGUGCAUGCAGAGGAGUUUGGGGGUGUUUUGGUGCCGGUGUUCUCGCUGCUCUCGGCAGCGAGCACGGAGAAAGGGUUCCAGAGAUUCAACGAGGAUUUCAAGAAGUAUGUUGAGUCGAGAGAUUGA